UCGCACUUUUGACAGUUCGCUUAAACGAACUCAAAAAAGUGCGAUUUCGCGAACUCGAAAAACUGUGAAAAUCACCAAAAAAUGAGUUCAGUUAUGCGAACUCCCAAAAGUGCGAUUUUGGACUUAACGAAUUUUUUGAAAUUCGUUUGAAAUGUUUCUUCUCAAAUGUUUCUUGUUUAGUUGUGUUUUGUGCUCCGGAGUUUCGAGUUGGAUUUCAGAAGGAACCGGUCUACCGACGAGUCAACUUGAGGAAUACCUUCAACGCCGCCUUGCACCAAAAUGGACACCGCGCUGUUUUUCGGUCCUGUUGAACUUAAGGUCGCUAAAACGACAUCGCGCCAGAGCUUUAAGGCGCCAACCAUCACACAGGCAGCUGCGAUGCUAGCCGGAGAGAAGGCCACUCCAGAGAUUCGUCGGAAACUGCGCCGAAGUAUGAGGAGUUUGCGGAACUUUAUCCGGGACACUGGCGCUGCGGACUGGUUCGAGGAGUUUCCGAUGAGGCGAGAUAUGAUCCUGCUGAUCUCCAGCAACUAUUGCGAUUUUGUCCACACGAUGACGAGGGAACGGAUAGGAAGAUCAGGACGAGACCAUUUCAACCUCGAACGUGAUGGACACGGACCUCCGUUUGAUGCGAACGUCGCUGCUUCGUCGCCAUUCGUUCUUCCGGUAGUCCAACAUGCCAACAUUUUUUGCAGGAGGAAUCUGGCCAAAGUUGAAAAUAACACGGACUUGGCCGCCCUCAAUUCGGCGAUCCAUGACCUAACGGCCUUGACCCGUUACGCUCGUCGAAAUCCUGGGUUGAUUGAGUUCGAGCGAUAAGAACAUGGAGGCGCAGCGUGCGACAAAAGAGGCUAGUAGGGUGGACAUCCCAGUUAGCGAUAUGCACGAUCUGCGAUCGGCCGUCGCAGCAGGUCACCUGAAUAUCAACCACGGGACUCCGAACAUCACGGAGCAGUUGAAUCGCCUGAAGCACCCGGACUACGAGACCGUCUACUAGCUGUCCAACUUUCACUGGUCGUCGAUCCUCAAGCUCUUCGGACGGUACGUAACUGUUCUUCCCUCGAUCAAGCUAUCGCACGCGGUUAGUCCUCAAAUAGCUCAGAAACUAAGCAAUCUCGACGAGAAAGCCCCGCAUCACUUCCAUUGGAAGGCACUGGCCGCCGCGCUGGAUCCGCUCGACUUGAACGACGCCGACACCGGAGACGUUCCGAGUAUCAACACCGGCAACGCACCGUUCUACCCAAAGACGCCGAUAGAGAUCCUGCUUUGUUGUCUUCCGGUCUAAAUACAAGGCGACGUCCCAACGUCCCAACGACCUGGCAGCAGUACGGGUCGCAAGAAAUCCUACCAAACUUCGCCGAUCU